GGCGGCCCGGCCCGGGCCCGCAGGUUCAGGUUCGCGUCCUCGGGCCCAGCGCUCGGACGCCGGCGUGGGCGGUCGGUGAGGCCCGCGGUCUCCUCGCAGGGCAUCGGGGCCUCCAGGUCUGCGCUGGAACUCCUUUGGUGACUCAUCCUGCCUUCAGGUAACCAGGCUGCCCGUCGAGUGCGGGGGUGCACGUUGCAGGGGCUGAGAUGGACCUUGUUCUCGGGGUUGCGGACUACCACUUUUUUACGCCGUACGUCUACCCUGCCUCCUGGCCAGAGGACAGCAUCCUCCGGCAGACCAUCAGUCUCCUGAUCGUAACAAAUCUUGGUGCUUAUGCCCUCUACUUUUUCUUUGCCACACUGAGCUACUAUUUUGUGUUUGAUCACUCAUUAAUGAAACAUCCACAGUUUUUAAAGAAUCAGGUGUCACGGGAGAUUAAGUACACCAUGUGGGCCCUGCCCUGGAUGAGCCUCCCCACGGUCUCCCUGUUCCUGCUAGAGAUCAGAGGGUUCAGCAAGCUCUAUGACCACCUGGGGGAGCCCCCGCAUGGCUGGGUGGAGCUGGCCGGUAGCGUGGUAUCCUUCCUCUUCUUCACCGACAUGCUGAUCUACUUCAUCCACCGCGGCCUGCACCAUAGACUGCUGUACAAGAACAUACACAAACCUCACCACAUUUGGAAGGUGCCCACUCCGUUUGCAAGCCAUGCCUUCCACCCUGUGGAUGGCUUUGUCCAGAGCCUGCCUUACCACAUCUACCCCUUCGUCUUCCCGCUGCACAAGGUGGUUUACCUGACUCUGUACGUCCUGGUCAAUAUCUGGACGAUCUCCAUUCACGAUGGGGAUUUUCGUGUGCCCCGGGCCUUGAAGCCAUUCAUUAACGGCUCGGCGCAUCACACCGACCACCACCUGUUCUUUGACUAUAACUAUGGACAGUACUUCACCCUGUGGGAUAGGAUCGGGGGCUCGUUCAAAAAUCCAUCCGCUUUCGAGGGGUCAGGACCGCUUAAUUAUGUGAAGAAGAUGGCAGAAGGGAAGUGCAACAGCUCCGUGGAGAGCAGCGGUGAGCGUGACGGCGGACGCCAGGGAGCGUCUUCCAAGGCUGACUAGGCUAUGGCCGGGUUUUCAUGAAGAUCUUUAACAAGGGAAAGUAAUCUGCACACAGCCCCAUAAAAAUCAGCAUUAAAAAUCAGCCUGGUGUGUACUGCUGGUGAAGCGGCUGCAUGGAAGAUGCCAUGAGUAGCACCAUUUUACCUCAUGCUAGAAAUAUCAGACACUGGUCCAGGGACACGGUGUCGGGGCCUGGACGCACUCCUUUUGUCUCAUAGUGCCCCUAUCCACUCAGAGAGAUCCACUGAGCUUAACAUGCUGAUGCUAAGCACCAAGGGAUAGCCAAGCAAUACCAAUAAUGUAAAGAUGGUGGCUUGCUUGCCAAGUGACUCAUUCUUCAAUGUUGGCUCAUAAUAUAGGGCUUUGUUUAAAUGGGGGGAAAAAUCUGCUCCAUCCGCAGUGAUGGACUAAAUAGCAGGAAGAAUAAGAUUACCAUCUUACACACACACACACACACACACACACACACACACACACACAUACACACACACACACACACACACGCCUUAUUCUCUAGGGACAUUAUUCCCAAUGAAUACUAAUGAAUAAAUAAAUUGGAAUCUGUAAAAGGUAUCAGUUCAACCGUUUGAUAUUUGAUAUUGAUAGUUAUCAUUUAAAAAGAAUUAUUUAAGAAACAUAAAAAUGUGACUCUGAAUGUGCCUAGAUAGGGAAGCGUGAUGUGCAGAUAUAUUUUACAUGACUUAUUUUCAACUAAAUUGUUUGGACUGCACUUUUAAAAUAGUUCCAAAUGACAAACCUGAUGGAUGUUUUCUUUAUCAUGAAGGAAAUAAUUGCCAGAUAUUUAGGUCUCUGAAUAUUUGUUUUGAAAUCUCACUCAAAAGAGAUUUAGCCCCAAUGCCUCCACAAAAUGAUUUAAUGAAUAUUUAUUGAAGAACUGUGGUGAGUUGUGCUAUAAGUAUAUUGGGAAGAAAUAUGGAGCAUAAAUGUAAUCUAUUCGCUGUUUAUAAAAAUCAAUAAAAGAUGAUCAUGA